AUGACCGAGGAAGCCUACCCUGACGAUGACAGCUAUAUUGUGCGAGUCAAAGCUGUGGUUAUGACCCGAGAUGACUCCAGUGGGGGCUGGUUGCCACAAGAAGGAGGUGGUCUCAGUAGAGUUGGUGUCUGCAAGGUCACGUACCCGGAGGGCAAUGGAAGAAGUGGAUUUCUAAUCCAUGGUGAAAGGCAGAAAGACAAACUGGUGGUGCUGGAGUGCUUUGUGAAGAAAGACCUGGUGUACACGAAGGCAAACCCCACCUUCCACCACUGGAAAGUCGACAACAGAAAGUUUGGGCUCACUUUUCAAAGCCCCGCCGACGCUCGAGCCUUUGACAGAGGAGUGAGGAAAGCCAUCGAGGACCUCAUUGAAGGGUCUACAACUUCCUCCUCAACGCUUCACAACGAGGCUGAGGUCGGCGAUGAUGAUGUCUUCACUAAUGCUACAGACAGCUCCUCAAACUCCUCUCAGAAAAGGGAACAGCCUGUGCGGACUUUGGCUUCUCCUGCAUCCUGCGAACAUCGAAGAAUUUGCACUCGUGGACACCUUCACGACCAUUACAGCUCUGACCACUACCAUCUAGAACAAUCAGUCCCGCGAUCCUACCGGCACGUCAACUUCCCGGACGAUGACGAGGAGAUCGUGCGCAUCAAUCCGCGGAAGAUCUGGAUGACCGGGUACGAGGACUACCGCCAUGCCCCGGCGCGAGGGAAGAGCUUCGACCCCGAUGACGUGGACUCCUACGUGCGCUUCGCCAAAAGCGAGGCCUCCAAGCAUGAGUACACUUACCCUUAUGUAGACAAUUCGGACUUUGACCUGGGUGAAGACAUCAAGGGUGCUGUGAUAAAGACUCAACCUGUCAAAUUCAAGCCCAGGAGGAAGGAGGAUGGUGAGAGGUCGCGGUGCGUGUACUGCAGGGACAUGUUCAACCAUGAGGAGAACAAGCGUGGGCAGUGCCAGGAUGCUCCGGACCGUGUCAAGACCUGCAUCCAUCGAGUGAGCUGCAUGUGGUGUGCAGACACUAUGCUCUAUCACUGUAUGUCCGACCCAGAAGGAGACUAUACAGAUCCUUGCUCGUGUGACACCAGUGAUGAAAUGUUUUGCCUCCGGUGGAUGGCCCUUAUCGCCUUGUCUUUCAUUGCUCCAUGUAUGUGCUGUUACUUGCCGCUGCGGGCUUGUUACCACUGUGGGGUCAUGUGCAGGUGCUGUGGUGGAAAACACAAAGCUGCUGGAUGA